AUGGAGUACAGAGCGGAGUUUCCAGGAUCCAGCUCUGUGUCCAUGAACAGUGACACGUCCAGAGAUUAUCCUCCAGUCUUCAAUAAUGAACCUGGAACCUCAGGGACAAAUCAUCAGCGACACAAACACAGAGGAGAGUUUCCAGGAUCCAGCUCUGUGUCCAUGAACAGUGACACGUCCAGAGAUUAUCCUCCAGUCUUCAGUCAUGAACAUGGACCCUCAGUCACACAUCAUCAGCGACACAAACACAGAGCAGAGUUUCCAGGAUCCAGCUCUGUGUCCAUGAACAGUGACACGUCCAGAGAUUAUCCUCCAGUCUUCAAUAAUGAACCUGGAACCUCAGGGACAAAUCAUCAGCGACACAAACACAGAGGAGAGUUUCCAGGAUCCAGCUCUGUGUCCAUGAACAGUGACACGUCCAGAGAUUAUCCUCCAGUCUUCAGUCAUGAACAUGGACCCUCAGUCACACAUCAUCAGCGACACAAACACAGAGGAGAGUUUCCAGGAUCCAGCUCUGUGUCCAUGAACAGUGACACGUCCAGAGAUUAUCCUCCAGUCUUCAGUCAUGAACAUGGACCCUCAGUCACACAUCAUCAGCGACACAAACACAGAGCAGAGUUUCCAGGAUCCAGCUCUGUGUCCAUGAACAGUGACACGUCCAGAGAUUAUCCUCCAGUCUUCAAUAAUGAACCUGGAACCUCAGGGACAAAUCAUCAGCGACACAAACACAGAGGAGAGUUUCCAGGAUCCAGCUCUGUGUCCAUGAACAGUGACACGUCCAGAGAUUAUCCUCCAGUCUUCAGUCAUGAACAUGGACCCUCAGUCACACAUCAUCAGCGACACAAACACAGAGCAGAGUUUCCAGGAUCCAGCUCUGUGUCCAUGAACAGUGACACGUCCAGAGAUUAUCCUCCAGUCUUCAAUAAUGAACCUGGAACCUCAGGGACAAAGUAA